AGUGGUUGUUUCCAGCUGAAACAGUCCCUUAAAUCAUGGGAUUAGCACGUUCAUCCGCAUAUUAACCGUUGACUAGAGUUUGUGUAUGUACGAUUCAUCUUCACUCCUAUUCCACCAAAGACCUUUGUAUAUCGAAGUGUCAUUACUUCCAAAUUAAAUUUUUGAGGGAGAUUAAUUUCACUUUAGUCUCUUAAUUUUCCUAUCAAAACAAACCAACAUGGCAGAAUCACUUCUCUUCGGUCUCGCUGAGUCAUUCAUCGGUAAGAUUGCUUCUCGUGCUGUUGAAGAAGCUUCUCUUGCGCUUGGCGUCUAUGACGAUAUGCAAGAGAUAAAAAACACCGUCACCCUAAUCAAAGCUGUGUUGUUGGAUGCUGAGCAAAAGGAGAGGCAAAAUCAGGAGCUGCGUGUAUGGUUGCGACAGAUCAAACGCGUCGUCUCCGAUGCUGAAGAUGUAGUUGAUGAUUUUGAAUGUGAGGCAUUGCGGAAGCACGUGGUCAACUCUUCAGGUAGCAUUAGAAGAAAGGUACGGCGUAUUUUCUCAAGUUCUAAUCCUCUUGUUUAUCGUCUUAGAAUGGCGCAUCAAAUCAAAAAUGUUAGAGAUAGAUUAGAUAAGGUUGCUGCUGAUAGGCUUAAGUUUGGUCUUCAAAUCAAUCACAACGACAAUCGUGUUGUAGAAACGCGAGAAUUGACUCAUUCCAACGUAAUUGAUUCGGAUGUGAUAGGAAGGGAACCUGAUAAACAAAAAAUCAUUGACCUCUUAUUGCAAAAUGAUGGUGAUAAAAGUCUCUCUGUGAUUCCUAUUGUGGGAAUUGGAGGAUUGGGAAAGACUACACUUGCAAAAUGUGUGUUCAAUGAUAAGAGUGUAGUUGAGUCUUUUCCAUUGAAGAUGUGGGUCUGUGUCUCUGAUGAUUUUGAACUUAAGCAUCUACUUGUUAAAAUCCUCAAUUCUGCUAGUGUGUCAAAUAAUAACCCAAUUCACCAUGAGAACUUUAAAAUCUUUGAUGUUGAGCAAUUACAAAAUCAUAUAAAAAAUGCACUUGCUGGUCAUAAGUUCUUGCUCGUCUUGGAUGACGUAUGGAACGAGGAUCGUGUCAAAUGGGAAGAAUUGAAAGAUAUAAUACAAGUAAUUGUAGGUUCUCAAGGGAGUAAAGUCGUGGUGACUACACGGAGCCACAUAGUAGCCGACGUGAUGGGAACUCAUUCUUCUCACUUUUUGCAAGGUCUAUCAGGAGACGAUUCCUUGUCUGCAUUUGUGAAAUGGGCUUUUAAAGUGGGAGAAGGAGAAAAUUAUCCAGAGUUGAUGGAGAUUGGGAAAGAAAUUGUGCAAAAAUGUGGAGGGCUUCCUUUGGCCCUAAGAACAUUGGGGAGUUCAUUGUUCUUGAAAUUUGAUAUAGAUGAUUGGAAGUUUGUUAGGGACAAUGAGAUUUGGAAUUUAUCACAAAAAAAGGAUGAUAUAUUGCCUGCUAUAAAAUUAAGUUAUGAUCGGUUACCUUCUUAUUUAAAACGAUGCUUUGCUUGCUUCUCCCUCUUUGUAAAGGGCUACCAGUUGGAUAGUCUUAGUGUUACUGCGAUAUGGGAGGCACUUGGUUUUCUUCCAUCACCAAAGAAAGGUAAAGGCGUAGCAGAUGUUGGCAAUCAAAUUUUGCAUGAGUUACGGUCAAGAUCUUUUCUUCAAGAUUUUGUUGAUUAUGGCAAUGGUUGCGAGUUUAAGUUGCAUGAUUUAGUGCAUGAUCUUGCAUUAUAUGUUGCAGGAGAUGAGUUUCAAUUGUUGAAGUUUCGUAGUGAAAGUAUUUUUGAGGAUGUCCUCCAUUUGUCAUUAAUUACAAAUAAUGAUGAUUUGUUUGGUCUAACACAAAUUCCCACUAGACUGAGAAGCAUUAUUUUUCCUUCAGGAGCCAACAAUGAAACUUUCUUGAAUACUAUGUUAUCAAGGUGUAAAUUCUUACGGAUUUUGACGUUAGCAAAUUCUAGAUAUGAGAGUUUGCCCCGCUCCAUUGGCAAAUUAAAACAUUUAAGAUAUCUCAAUCUUGAGAAUAAUAUAGAACUGGAGAGCCUCCCAGAUGCAUUGUGCAAACUCCAGAAUCUACACACUUUGAAACUCAAUGGAUGCAUAAACCUUAAAAGAUUACCCAAUGAAAUUGGAAACUUGAUCAGCCUUCGACAAUUACACAUAACCACAAAACAAUCUAACUUUCCAAACAAAGAGAUUGCAAAGUUAACUUCCUUAGAAAUUUUAUCUGUCCGUCAUUGUGACAAUUUGGACUUGUUGUUUGAAGGAAUACAACUUCCUAAUCUUAAAUUUUUGGAUAUUGCAUAUUGUGAGAAUCUAAGGUCCUUGCCGCAUCAUGUUGUUCUGAACUUAGAAGGUUUGUUGAUAACUGAGUGUAAUAAGAUGAAAUUGUCAUUGGACCAUGAUAGCUACAUUCCUAAUUUAAGGUUAAAGUUGCUAUCUCUAGAAUAUUUGCCCCAGUUGGUGGUUUUACCUCAAUGGUUGCAAGGAUGUGCAAAAACAUUACAAACCUUGGCACUUGAAAACUGUUACAAUCUUCACGAGCUUCCUAUGUGGCUGUCAACUUUCAUUUCUCUCAAAACACUUUCAUUGGAAAAUUGUCCAAGAUUGGUUUUGAUCCCUAAUGAUGUGCACCACCUCAAAAACCUUGAUUAUGUGAAAAUCAAAGGGUGUGUUGAAUUAUGUAAAAGUUACCAUCCAAAAGAUGGAAUAAAUUGGCACAAAAUAUCACACAUCAAACAAGUUAUAAUAUUACCAGAACUAGAAAAUUAAGAGUUAUUCAUAGAUAUCACGGUCAAAUUAGGAAUAUUUUUCUUUGGUUUGUUUUUUGUAAUUGUUUGUGUAAUAAAAGUGUCGUUUAUGAGACUUUCUUUUUCUAUUGAAGGAAUGCAAUUUUUUUCAUUA